AUGGGAACACCUGCGACACCUCAAUCCAAGCGAUACCAGAUGAUGGCAUUGACAAUGAUUGGUGCAUGUCAGUUUAUCUGUGUUGGACCAGAGUCCACUUACUCUGUGAUUGGCACUCGUGGAGCAAGUCCUGGAUCAGCAUUCGAAUCAUUCAAUGGCAAGAGUAUCCAGGUGUGUGUUGGAUCAUGGGAGCCAAAGACACCGACAUCACUGGUGGGCAGCUCACAAUAUGGAAUGAUGGACAAUGAGGCACCACUCUUCAAUGUACCUAUGUUGACCAACAUGUAUCAACAUCAAACACCAAUGGCAAACAUCCCAAGCAACAAAGCAUUUGGCAACAUCUUCAGAGCUGAGCCAGCAUACAAUGGGACACUUCUUCACCCAGCUGGUCGUGUCACCAAGGCUCUCUUGGUGGGUUUGUCAUAUUACAACACAGUUGAACAACCCAGUCAAGGCAUCGAGUUUCAAAUCCAAGAACAUGCUCGCGCGCUGGUCCAAGGUGGAUAUGUCUUGCCACAGAACAUCAGAAUGCUCACAGAGGCCUUGACAGAAGUCUCCAACGAUGGAACAUAUGUCAACGGACCAUCAUGGCUGUGCAUCAAGAAUGAGAUCAUCAACUGGUUGGUGGCAGGCGCACAGGCUGGUGACACACUCUACUUUGAGUUCCUCGGUCGUGGCUUCUCGAGCGACACCUACCCAUUUGGAUUGGUCACCAUGAACAAAGACUUCACUGCAGCCGACCACACCAAUUUGACCAUCGAUGACUUCAAGUUCUGCUUCUCCUCACUGGCCGCUGGCGUCAACCUCACAUUGUUGGUGGACUGCUCAUACUCAUCGGAAAUGGUGUCAACAUGGUCACAAGGUAUCCUGUCCCAGACCUCAGGACUGUUUGCCUCAUCGCCAUACAACAUACUCCCACCAUCCACUCAACAAUCGAUUGGACUUACACCAAUGGUCACUCGCAUCCUCAAAGAGAGUGGAUCAACUCAGUUGACUUAUAAUCAGAUCAUCGCACAAGCUCAAGCUGAGAAGUAA